CGAAUUAUAAAAUUACGCGGUCUCUCACACGACUCUCUUUUCUCUCUCUUUUGUCCCUCUCGCUCCUCCCUUCUCUCUCUCUCUGCUUCCGUUAAUGGCGAUCUGAGGCAAACGAGAAUUUGCUUGAGAAAGGAAGGGAACUAGAGAGAUUCUGGAGCGGACAUUCUAGGCUUUGUUCUUUCUCUUAGCCGUAUUCCUUCACAGAGAGGGGAGGUCGAGAGAGAGAGAGAGAGAGAGAGAGAGAGGGAGCAAAAAUGCCUGCAUUGGACUCUAUUGAUUCCGCUCUCUUCUCUUUCAGCAAAGCCUUCUGUAGUCCUUUUGCGGUUUUCAUCCAGAUCCAGGGGGAGGAUUUGGUAUCUGGAUGGAUGACUUGUCUUAUAGGGAUCUGGUCAAAAGUUAAUUAGGGAUGUGUAAUCUGCUUAGUUCUUGCCUUAGGGUGGGCUUUUGCUGCUUAUAUCAGGUACCUGACUCAUUAGGGUUUCCAAGAUAAAUUUAGGAGAGCUAGGGGGAGAGAAUAGAAGAAGAAAUGAGGGAAAGAGAGAAGAAUGCAGAGUAGAAGAGACAGUAGCAGAAAUUUGAAAAUUCUGGAUAAUUCUCAUUACUCAUUCUGGGACAUAACAACCUAAUAAUAGUACCAAUCAUUGAUACGAAGAAAGGACAGCAGUACAAUACAACCGGGUGCCAGCUGCCCUUAGGAAUAUUCUAGCAUAUCUGAGCAAGACAGAAGUAGGUAAUAAGGAAAUACUAACAGAAAAUAACUAACAACAAUAGAAAAUAGGUAGCCUCCUGCUACCCUAGCUGAUUAGGCCAUGAGAUUCUCUCUUUGCUUGAAGGUUGAGUUGUCCUUAAGGUUUAAAUGAGGAAACUGACUUUUCAAGAACUUCCUGUCUUCCCAAAUAAUUUCUUUAGGUCCCAAAUUGACCCAUUUUACCAACACUUAUUCUAUCAGUUUGCCCUUCCUCCAUAUGGUUCUUUUCUGCAAUAUGAAUUCAGGUUCUACCUUGAUCUGCCCUUCAACAUCUGUUUCUGGUAACUGGUUGCCUUUUGGUGGGGGAUUUCCUUGAUGCUUAAGUAGUGAGACUUGGAAGACCGGGUUAAUGGUGGCUUCAGGUGGUUAUUCCAGUUUGUAAGCUACGGUUGUUACCUUCAUAAUUUUGAAGGGCCUAUAAUAUUUUGGGGUUAACUUCAGGCAUUUUUUAUUGCCCAUGCUCGCCUGCCUAUAAGAUUGGAGCUUAAGUAAUACCAGACCCCCUUUUCAAAAGACCUCUCUGUCCUGAUAUAUGCAUAGAACUUCAUUCUGUUAUGGGAUUCCAAUAAUUUUUCCUUCAGUAAUUGAUUCAUUUCGUGCCUUUCCUCCAGCCAUCCUUCCAAUUCUCCUUUUCUUGUCUAUUCCUCUUUGCUCAAUGAUAAAUGGUGGUGCAUAUCCAUGUAAUGCCAUGAAUGGAGGAAUUUUCAAGCUUGCUUGAUAAGUCCUGGUGUACCUCCACUUGGUCAGAUUCAACCAUUUGGUCCAAGCCUUUGGCUUUCUUAAUGUCAUGCAUGAGAGAGAAUUUUUGAUGCACUGAUUUACUCUCUCAGUCUGCCCGUCAGAUCGGCGGUGGUAGGUGGUGCUGAAUUGAAGCCGAGUUCCCAUCAUCUGCAUCAACUCCUGCUAGAAUUGACUUGUAAAAAUCCUGUCCCCAUCUGUAACAAUGGACUGUGCCAUUCCAUGCAACUUAUAAGCAAUAUCCAUAAAAACUCUAGCCACCUUUUGAGCUGUGAAAGGAUGAGCCACAACUACAAAAUGCCACGACUACGAAAUGCACAUAAAUCUAAUCUAGGCAGCUGCUCUAUGAAAUCCAUGGUGACAUGACUACAAGCUUGCUUUGGAGCUUGCAAGGGCUGCAACAGUCCGGAAUAUGGAACAUUUUCUCCCUCGUACCUAUGGCAAGUAUCACAUUUAUGCACCCACUCAGUCACAUUCUGCUUCAUCUUCAGCCAACAGAAUCCUUGUUUCAGCCAGUUUGUAGUAGUCCAUGCUCAUGUGUGUGGUGGUUUGGAUCGGGGUGCUAUGGUCAGUUUCCUAAUGAGUUCCUGGGUCUUUGGAUCUCUUGGAUAGGAUGAAUGAACUUCUUGCAUCCAAGUGGGCACCACUAUUGAAGUGAUUUAAUUGAGUUCUGCCAGGGAAUUUCUUCUGGAUAAGGCACCAGCCGCUCCAUUUUCAAUCCCUCUCUUGUGCUUAAUGCUCUGCUAAUCAGUUGAUAUGAUGAAUUCAGAACCCUUCACAUAGUAUCUCCAGCAUGACACAACCAUAACGAUGGCUAGCAGCUCUUUCUCAUAUAUGGAGAAGGACUGAUUCUUAGGACCUUACUGAGGAAUAGAGAGAUCAAGAGAAUGAAGGAUAGCAUGAGAGCUGGCAAUGCUUUUGCAUUUCUGUGUCAUAAUAUUAACGAGCUUGAGCACUCUAAUCAGGUCAAUCUUCCAAGGGUGACUGUUGUUAUGCCUUUAAAGGGUUUUGGCGAGCAUAAUCUACAUAACUGGAGAAGUCAGAUCACUUCUCUCUAUGGUGGUCCAUUGGAAUUUCUUUUUGUGGUGGAAAGUACGGAAGACCCUGCUUAUCAUGCUGUAUCUCGGUUAAUAUCAGAUUUUAAGGAUGAUGUUGAAGCUAAGAUUGUUGUAGCUGGUUUAUCAACAACUUGUAGUCAGAAAAUUCAUAAUCAGUUGGUUGGAGUUGAGAAAAUGCACAAAGACAGCAAAUAUGUAUUAUUUUUGGAUGAUGAUGUUAGGCUGCACCCUGGGUCAAUUGGGGCCCUCACUGCUGAGAUGGAGAAAAAUCCCGAGAUAUUUAUUCAAACUGGGUACCCUCUUGAUUUACCUUCUGGAAGCUUAGGGAGUUACUGCAUUUAUGAGUAUCAUAUGCCUUGCUCAAUGGGAUUUGCUACUGGGGGAAAAACAUUCUUUUUGUGGGGAGGAUGCAUGAUGAUGCAUGCAGAUGAUUUUAGACAUGACCGUUAUGGUGUGGUCUCGGGGCUUCAAGAUGGUGGAUACUCUGAUGAUAUGACUCUCGCAGCUAUUGCUGGGGCUCAUAAGAGACUUAUAACAUCUCCUCCUGUAGCCGUUUUUCCUCAUCCUCUCGGAAGUGAUCUUAGUUUUGGGAGGUACUGGAAUUACUUGAGAAAGCAGACGUUUGUUUUAGAAUCUUAUACAACCAAGGUUAAUUGGAUAAUGAAUCGAGCAUUGUUUUCAUCACAUUGUUAUCUCUCAUGGGGAUUUGUAGCACCAUAUUUUAUGGCCGUGGUUCAUAUUGCAGCAGCACUGCGAAUCUAUGUUAAAGGGUAUUCCCACGAGGAAACAACUUUUGCUUCUUCAGGGUUGUUACUUGUUAGCUGGUUAGCUGUAUGCACCUUUAUUGAACUUCUGUCAAUGUGGAACUUGACGAGGAUAGAGGUUCAGCUAUGCAAUCUUUUGUCACCCGAGGCACCCCGCCUCUCGCUUGCUACUUAUAACUGGGGCCUAGUAUUCAUUGCAAUAUUGGUGGACAACUUCUUAUAUCCUAUCUCUGCAAUGCGUUCCCAUUUUUCUCAAUCCAUCAAUUGGUCUGGUAUUCGUUACCACUUGAAAAACGGAAAGAUAAGCAAGAUUGAAAGAAGCAAGGAUAAAGGUCCAAAAUUUACAGACCUGGGAGGAAAACAUAUAUAUGGUAAGAAAGGAGUUCCUCCCAAGGUCUCAUUCAUCAGCUCCUUGGCCAGAAAUUUAGCUCAAUGGCAUCAGCCCAAGAAAUUUGAUGUAUAGGAAGUUUAGAGAUCGUGAUAUUGAUCAAUUUUCGACUACUCUUAGGUUUGAUGGGCAGCAGAAGUUUCUGAAGCAGAAAUGCUUGCUUCUGGAUUUUUUUGGUCACCAUAAAUCCCUUGGCAAUUCCAUUUUGAUUGAUUCUAGUGAUUUAGUAAUUGUUUUCUUAUUUUUUCCACCCCAUUCAUCCAAAUUUAUUCUUCUUUGGUCAACCCAAGUUAUCCGGGCUGAUUUUUUAAUAUCUUAUUAUUCAAUUUGACGGAUGCUUGUGUAGUUGAAUUCAGAAGUUACUGUUUUUGUGCUGUUAUUGUAACAUUAAUGCAUAUCUCAGUUUUUUUCCCC